AUGCCGUCGCCCGCCGUCGCCACCACCACGUCGCAGGAAUGCUUCCUCACCGGAUCUCCUCCCCACCGCGUGUCGUCCCCGUCCUCCGCCUCGACAACCGCUGCCCGGCCGGUGAGGCCCUCGGCCUCUGCCUCCCCUCUUCUUCUCCCUGUCCAGUAUGUCACAGCACCGCGGCUUCGUCCCGCACGCGCCCGCCGCCCGCACCCGCUGCCGCUCGGCCACGCCCUUGCCCGCGGCAUCCACCCCGCACCGCGCCCGGACCGUCCCCUGCUCGCCGGCCAGCGCGUGUCCGCCGCUGUGGCCGCGCUCGCCGCCCGCCCGCGCGCGCCUUGGCCAUGCGCCCGCGUCGAUCAAGCCCCUGCCCUGCACCCCCGUGCUCGCUGCACGCCGCCUUCGGCCCCGCCGUUGCUGCUAGCUCCGCCGCUGGCUGCUGCGGCUCGCCUCCCGCGCCGCCCGCUGCUUGCACCCCGCGGCCGCCGCUCGCCGCCGCACCGCGCCUCCCUACCACUGCGAGUGCCGACUGCCGUGGCCUCGCCCCCACCGCCUGCCUUUGCUCGCCGACCGGCAUUCGCUGCUGCCGGCCAGCGCCCGCGGCCCCCUUCUCUCUGCGCGCCCGCGCCGGCGUCGCCCCUCGCCUGCUGCCGUUGCUCCACGCCAGCGCCCAACGCCCCUCGGGCACGCGCCCGUUCGGCACCCGCCCAGCCCGUUCGCCCGCACCCGCUAAGGCCAUGGGCCAAUGACACGAGGGCCCACGCCUAG